ACACACACAGCCCUGGAGAAGAGACGUUACCAUGGGGACAAGUGAUGCCGAUCACAAUGCUGCCGCAGCACAACAUUGAGUGCUUAACUUGACCACAUUAUUAUACACAUGUACAUUAUUUAAGUAUUAUUGUAACAAUGUGUGUACUUUCAAAUGCACAGUAUUUGAAUGGCUUGGGGCUUCGCAGCGGCUAUUGUGUGUCUCGCUCGCUUUAAACGGAAUCGUAUGUGUGUCAUUACAUGAACAAAAGGUAUUUUAAUCAGCACAUGCGGAACAGGUUUCUACAACUGCUUUAUGCGUUGGUGUAUAUCGGUGGGUAUAGUCGACGUCAUAUCUGUUGUAAUGUAGAAUUCCAGCGUAGGGGGGCAACAAAAGUUACAAUUGCUUUCAAAACAAAAUGAACCCAGGUGGACACAAAAAGUCUUUGAAGCUUUGAUUUUGGUCAUAAAGAAGUGUGAUGCUGCUCCUUGUGGUCAAUGUUUACAGGACAACAUGAAAAACAAUGAGGCGUAAGGAGGAAGCGGUCUCAAUGGUGGUCUUGCUACUGGUGUGGUUUUGGGAUCAUGACCAUGGACGGCAGCAUAGACAAGACCAGGAGCCACCUCAGAAAGCGUUUGGACCAGCUGGGCUACAGUCUCCAUCUUGGGAUGGACUCGGUGCCCUUGGUUGCUAAGCUCUUCAGUGAUCUGGUGCACACCACGGUUAGCCUACGCGAUGCUAAACUGUCAGGGAGGCAGCCCGAGCGAUACCACGAUGAUGACCUACUUGAGCCACCGUACAGGACCAUGUUGGCCUCUGGCGACCAUUUUAUCAGUGGAGGUGGUAAAAAACGCAGCAUUGCUUUGAUACACAAGUGUACACAGACGGAUGAAGACAGACCUCUUCCUCCUCCUCGUGAUGAUGAUGAAGCCGAUUUAUCUGCAAGGCUGGUGGAACUGCUGGAGGAGCACGUCGUCUCCAUGAAAUCGGAGCUGGACGACUCUCACGGGCGCAUAAAAACCUUAAACGGCCAAUUGGCCGAGCUGCAGGAGGCCAAGCGGACGCUCGAACGCACGCUGGAGGACGAGCGGCGGCGGUCGAGCGCCGAGGCGGCCGAGCUGGCCGAGCUGGCCUCGCGGAACGAGGAGACGCGUCGGGAGCUGAGGCGCAAGGACGGCGCCGUGGCUCGGACGGUGGCGCUGAAGGAGCGCGUGCUCAACAUGGCCUACAGGAAGCUGUCCGCCUCCAGGGAGGUCAUCCUCAGCCAACAGGAAGUCAUCCAGGACCUGGAGGAGAACCUAAGGAAGAUACAAGCGGAAGUUAGCGAGCGACGACGCCUUCGAGAGCAGCUGGACGAGGCGAGAGGACGAAACCACAAACUGGAAGGAUUGCUCGACAUCUUGGAGGCGGAGAAGAGCGCCCUGCAGAACAAAGUGGACACGAUGAUGGACACCCACAGAGACCUGGUCCUGGAGUUGGAUUCGUCACGGGGCAAAUAUGGCGACGGCAACGGCGGGCCUGCGCUCGGCGUGGCCGCCUUCAUCGAGAGCCUGGAGGAGGAGCGCAAUCGCUACCGGCGCGAGGUCCAGAGCUACAGGAGCCUCCUGAAGGCCACGACGCCCACCGCGCCCACCGCGCCCAUGGUGCCCACGGUGCCCAGUCCCACGCAGGCCAGGAGGAACAAGUUCGUCCUGGCCGCCACCUUCCAGGCCGAUGCGGCUGAACCGAGCGGACGCGCUCGUUCAAAUCAAUGAGCGUUUUAUUCCUACGGCGACAACGCUUACCUCAUGCAGAAGAAGCACUUUACGAAGAACCGAGAACUCUCCUCCGAACAAUUGGAUCGUUAUUGUACUGUUGAUGCUCCGCCCUAAUAAAACUUUUCC